GUAGGGCCGCAUCCCCCGUAAUAAAAUGAAUUCUGAUUCGAGCUCUGUCUCCAGCAGAGCUUCAUCGCCGGACAUGGAUGAGAUGUAUCUGAGGGAACACCACCACCGCCACCACCACCACCAGGAGAGCCGUCUCAACUCGGUCUCUUCCACGCAGGGCGACAUGGUGCAAAAGAUGCCUGGGGAAAGCCUCUCGCGGGCCGGCGCCAAGGCCACGGGCGAGAGCAGCAAGUACAAAAUCAAGAAGCAGCUGUCGGAGCAGGACCUACAGCAGUUACGGCUGAAGAUCAACGGCCGCGAGCGCAAGAGGAUGCACGACCUAAACCUAGCCAUGGACGGGCUGCGCGAGGUCAUGCCCUACGCGCACGGGCCCUCGGUGCGCAAGCUCUCCAAGAUCGCCACUCUCCUGCUGGCCAGAAACUACAUCCUCAUGCUCACCAGCUCCCUGGAGGAGAUGAAGAGGUUGGUUGGCGAGAUCUACGGGGGCCACCACUCUGCCUUCCACUGCGGGACCGUGGGCCACUCCGCCGGCCACCCAGCACACGCCGCCAACGCCGUGCACGCUGUGCACCCCAUCCUGGGCGGCGCGCUCUCAUCCGGCAACGCUUCGUCCCCGCUGUCCGCCGCCUCGCUGCCGGCCAUCGGCACUAUUCGACCUCCCCACUCGCUGCUCAAGGCGCCCUCCACACAGCCCGCGCUGCAGCUGGGCAGCGGCUUCCAGCACUGGGCCGGGCUGCCCUGCCCCUGCACCAUCUGCCAGAUGCCGCCGCCGCCCCACCUUUCGGCUCUCUCCACCGCCAACAUGGCUCGGCUGUCGGCCGAGUCCAAGGACUUGCUCAAGUGA